AUGGAGCCGGUCCACCCUCCAACAGGUGAUAGAGCUGUGGAGGACAAAAAUUUAGGCCCACUUAUCAAAACCGUCAUGACACGUUGUAUCCAUUGCACCCGCUGUGUGCGUUUCGCAAAUGAGGUUGCUGGGAUCCCGGACUUGGGCACAACGGGUCGUGGCAAUGGGCUCCAAAUUGGGACCUACAUUGACAAACCAUUCUUCAGUGAACUAUCUGGUAAUGUGAUUGACCUAUGUCCCGUGGGAGCGCUCACCUCUAAACCGUAUGCAUUUACUGCCCGACCUUGGGAAACAAGACGUAUAGAGUCCAUCGAUGUUAUGGACGCUAUUGGAACGAAUAUCGUGAUUUCGAUGCGUACUAAUGAGGUUUUGCGUAUCAUUCCGCGUUUAAACGAGGUAUGUCAUAUGUUUCCCUUAACACGUAUUUUGUGUUAUUCAGCUAUCCGUUGGAUGGUCUCCGGUAAUCACUGA